UGACACACUUUCUAUGACCAUACCUCGAAGCCACGUUAUUUGUUUUUGAGGCAAUCAUUAUGUAAACUAGGGUCCUAUAAUAAAAAGAGGGUGGCGUAAAGAAUUGAAACAUUUUAAAAGGCCAAGUGCACAAAUUCUGUAAAAUGGAGAGUUUUCUUAUCACACAGCGAAACAUGUCUGCUGCUGAAAUUCAACCAAAGUCUUGUUCAUUGAAAGGAGAAUCCUUUUACUUGCAUCAAGAACUUAGAAAGAUGGGGAUCUCGAACACAGAGGUAGCAGACCCCCUGGUUAACUGUGAGGAAGCCUACAGAACAUUGCUGACUCCAAGAGCAGUUCAGUUUCUCUCAGAACUUGUUCAAGAAUUUGAUCAAAAAGUCACACAGGUGCUACAAGCCAGAGAAUGGAGAAAACUAGAGUUGAAACAGUCUGACACUCUUCCUGAUUUUGAUCCAAGCACUGCUCAUAUUCGGCAGUCAAGUUGGACUGUCUCUCCUGUUCCCAGAAGGCUUCAGUGUCGCCAUGUCGAUCUUGGUGAUGUGUCUCCUAGCAACACGUCCCACUUUGUUGCCGCACUGAAAUCUUCAGCACAAGGAAUACAGACUGACUUUGAUGAUGGCCAUUGUCCGACCUGGACCAACCAGCUCCAAGGGUUACAUAAUGUUUACCGAGCGGUACACAACACCUUACCAGGUGUUCCAAACAUCCAGGAUGCUCCUGUACUGAUGCUUAGACCUAGAGCAUGGAACAUGGUGGAACAUAACUUGAUGGUGAAUGGCAAAGAGGUUCCAGGCCCAUUAUUUGACUUUGGCCUUCUCAUGUUUCAUAAUGCUAGUAUUUUGUUGGAGACGGAAAGUGGACCCUUUUUUUACCUUUCAAAAUUAGAGAGCAGUAAAGAAGCUGCAUUGUGGGAUGCUGUUUUCAGUUGGACGGAGAAAAAGCUUAAAUUGCCACAUGGAUGUGUGAAAGCUUGUGUGUUAAUUGAGAAUGUACUAGCCUCUUUUGAAAUGCAUGAAAUCCUCUAUGCACUGAAAGAUCAUUCUUUGGGACUUAACUGUGGGAUCUGGGAUUAUUCCGCCUCUUUCAUCAACAAAUUCGGACACCGUCGAGACUUUCUUUUACCCGACAGAAAUAAAUAUGUUUCCAUGGACCGCCAUUUUCUAAAAAGCUACAUGGAUUUAGUGGUACAGACUUGCCAUCAACGUGGUUGCCAUGCAACAGGAGGAAUGGCAGCUCUACUUCUUCCUAAAAUGUCUACAGAAAAUUACUCAAAAUAUCAGGAAAUUCAAGACAAAGUUUUGAGGGCUAAACAGAAGGAGAUAGAGGCAGGGGUGGAUGGCUUCAUGGUUUAUGAUGUUCGUUUGGUUCAACCAUCUCAGCAGUUGUGGAAAAGACUCACCUCUUCAGAAAAUCAGUUUUCCAAGUUAAGGUCGGAGGUCAAGGUCUCUAAUAAAGACUUGUUAUUAAUGCCUUCAGGAGGUGUUACUUACAAUGGUCUAAGACAUAACAUAGCUGUAGGAAUUCUUUUUAUUGAAGCAUGGUUAAGAGGUGUAGGCCAUUACUAUUUCAAAGGUGCCGUAGAAGACUCGGCAACUGCUGAGAUAUCCCGAUCACAGAUUUGGCAGUGGAUUAGAUUUGGCGCAGUCCUAGAAGAUAAUGGCAAGCAGGUUACCAUGGCAAUGGUGAAGAGUCUGAUAUUAGAGACAGUGCAGGAAAGAUUCUGGUCCAAGGAGACCCGACACAUAGUGACCGACAAGGACCGACAGAGGCUGUUGAGUGCCGCACAGAUGUUCCAGGAGAUCAUCUCCAAACUCGAUUUUCCCGAGUUUAUUACCACUUAUCUAAAUCUGGACCACACGUUUUUGAAGAGCCAGUCUGCCUUCUCUUUCUUGAGCAUGUCAGCAGUGGAAUCUCAUUUAUAAUGCAGCUUUCUGUCAAUUUUUGUUGUUGCCUAGUCACCGCUAAAGUUUUCAAAUUUUCAUAAUUUAGUGAACCUUGGUUGAUUUAUUAAUGGCCUGUAAUGAUAAUAAUAUACCAGUACUGUUUAAUUUUGUUUUGUAUUUUUUGUUCAUGAGAGCUAACGGUAAACAGUUAGUGUACGAUCAUUGCAGGAAAAAUGCAUCUACCGGUAUAUUGCUAAUUGAGUCAUAUAUUUAUUUUUGCAAAGCGUGCUUCAUAUCAUUCUCUACUAAUUAUGCUUGCACCUCUGGAGGUAAAUUCACAGUUGAUUAUGAAUUGUUUGUUAUGGGUAUCAAAGAAUCUUGUUCUAAUGUUUGAUAGGAUGAAAAAAAUAAACAUUCCAUUAUUUUUUUACAAGGCAAAUCCUGUUAUGAAAAUGAUGAUUAUUGCAUAGGUAAUUUUUAUAAAUGAACACAUUUUAAUUAGUGAUCAAAGAUAAUUCAUCAGCUUAUGUACCGUAACUUAUGAACUGCCUGUAACAAUCUGUGUUUUUCAGUAUAUAGAAAGGUUUCGAUGUGAAAACUUAAAGAUGAUGAAAUAUGUGUAUGAAUAUUUCUUGUGUCUGUUGAUGCUAGCAUUAAGAGGGCUCAAUGGUCAUGGCCAUUUUUACACCAUAUUGAUCUCCUUUAGUAGAAGAGCUCUAUAUAAAAUUAUAGGAAAAUACCCAAAUUUUAAAGUCAAAAUUUAUGGAUUUUUUCUUUUGUUAAUAAUGGUUUACCAGUAUAUGUAAUAAAUCAUAUCUCAAAAUUUUAGGUAGAUCUGAUUGUUAAAUUGUUGACCAAUGUGCCUCCUUAAUACAUCUGAUAUUUUGUGCCAUAAAUAUUUUUUUGUGGAUAUUUAGAACAGCAUUAGCCUUAUAUCUUUUUUAAAAUCUUUACUGAUGAUUUGAAUGAUUUAUUACUAAGAUACAUGUGUACUGGUUAUAUAAGAUUAUUUUGUUACCAAAAAUCAAUUUUCAAUAGACUUUGAAAUUGUAAAAAUGAGAAGGUUAGUUUCAAAUCACAAUAUGUAACCCAUUCGCCUUGUAUUAAUGUCACUAUAUUAUGAAUAGGCCGAAUUUUGAGGGGGGGGGGGGGGGGGGAAUGGGAGAUUCUUUUGUAUGUGUAAACAAUUUGAUUUGAAUGCAAUUUUUUGUGAUAAAGAAAUGAAUCGCGUUUUGAGUACUUAUGAAAACUGCCCUGUUCAUAAAUGAUUUUGUACAAUGUUUUAAUUACCUAUAAGUUUUAUUUUUGUAAAAAAAAAAUUGGCAUUCUUUGAUUAUGAUAUUUACUUUGGGCUGUUGUUAAAAUUGUAAAACAAUAUUUUUCAUUUGUAAACAUUUGUGUUUAGACUAUUACCUCGAAGACUAAAAAAUUCAAAAGAAAUUGUGAUGCAAUUUUUACACCCAUGUAUUUGUUUGAAAUAUGUUCCAAAAAAAUCUCCAUAAUUUUAGUGCAUAUUAUAUAACUAUUUUUUAUCUUUUAUCAUGUACUGUGAUAUGUAUAGUUUUCUAUUAAAAUUCCAUUAAAUCUUA